AUGGCGAGACAUGUAGAGGAUGUGUUUAAGCCUUGCCUAUACAUUUUUAAAAUUUUUGGUUUAUAUUCAUUGUGUAUAGGGAACGAAGAUGUGAAAAGAGAAAGCAUACUUGGAGUUGUUUGGAGUUUGAUUGUUGUAUUUUGUUGCAUGUCAAACGCUAUUUAUGGAAUUGUACACAGAAAUGUCCAAUUUAAAAGUCUACUUUUAACAUUAAGUGACACCAUAGAAAUUUGUACCGCAUUCACAAAUGCAUCAAUUUCAAUUCUUUUUCUAAUCGUAAUCAGAAAAAAACUUUCAACUUUUUUACAACAACUCAGCAGGUGUGAUGAAGAAUUUCGAAAAUUUCACAAAGAGAAUUAUAAAAAGACAAAGCAAAUGAACAUAAUAAUUGGUUUUAUUCUGGGUUUGAUUUUGGUUCUAAUUAUUUGUACUUACGUUUGGUUUGAUACAACAUUAUACAUGACUGAAAUCAAUUUUGUCAUGAUUGGAGAUGCGAUGGCUUAUUGCUUUCCCUUCAUUAUUGGACUACUUGUAACUGCACAAUUCUCCUUGAUGACUUUAUUGCUCAAGCAACAAUUUGUUUGGAUAAAUGAAAAGCUAAUUGAGACCAAAACAGGCGUGAAUAGCGCAUUAAUCGAUGACGAAGUUAUCAGAACUUUAGAGAAUCUAAGACGGAAACAUGAUAUUUUGAGUAGUUUAGGAUCUCAUCUGAAUAAAAUUUAUUCAGUACCAAUGUUACUAGCAACUUCGCAUCACUUUAUUGUUAUUAUUGUGACGUGUCUCUUGCACUUGCAAGAUUCGAAACCGUUGAAACAAGAUCAUUCGAGAUUACUGUACAACUUGUACGAUUGUUUAGUUAUAGUACUGCACAGUGUUGAAACAGGAGCGAUGGUUAUGAUUUGUUCCAAAACAAGAAAUGAAGCAAAAAAUUCAGCAAAUAUUUUGCAUCAGUUUCCCAAAACGUUUACAGAUAUUGACAGUUUUAUUCAGUUGUUUUCAAUGCAAUUAUUGGAUGAGGAGGUCGAGUUUUGGGCUUGUGGAGUAUUUAUUAUCAAUGAAACUUUAUUGUUCUCGAUGGUUGGCGCAAUCACAUCGUAUUUGAUUAUCGUAUUUCAAAUGGAUAAUGAUAACAAAUAAAACUGUUUUUAUUCAUUGCAUGUUGCAUGUUUGGAAAAUAACAUUUAAACUAAUUGUCGAUACAAAAUGACAAAUAGCCCACAAACCACAAACACUAUAAUUAUUUUAAGCAUGACCUUAUAAACUAAUACAUAAUAAAUAAGACCAAAGA